AUGGUAAUCGAGAGAGGCAUUCACAGAUUGGGAACUUACGACACCGCCGAGGAGGCUGUCAUGGUCUACGACAACGCCGCGAUCAUGCUCCACUGCCCCAACGCUCUCACAAACUUCACCGCGCCGCCGCCGGAGAGUAAUGUGGCAUCGGUUUCAGGCUAUGAUUCCACUUACGAGUCUUCUCAUAUUGCUUCCUCUUCGGUUUCGGUUCUCCUGUUCAAUACCACUGAACCGGCCGGAUUAAUUAGCCAAUGUAGUGAGUUUACUAAACCCAGUCAGACCGGCCCAGUGUGUGUGAAAGAAGAGACUAGUUUUGGUACUAGCACUGAACCGGCCGGUCUAAAAAUUGACUAUACUGAACCCGGUCCGACCGGGCCGGUUCUGGAGUAUGUGAAUGAAGAGAUUAGUUUUGACUCGGUUGGAUUAGAGGGUGUGUUUAUUGGCCGGUCGAAAUGUGAGGCCGGUCCGAUUCAUAACUAUAAUAUGGAGGUGUGUGAAGCAGAAACGAGUAUAGUGCCCGAUUACUCGAGUGAUUAUUUGCCAACGGACAUUCUGAUUUUCGACGAUUUCUUCGACUUUGAGCCGCAAGUAGAGCAUUUGUUCAAGAAUGGAAUGAGUUUUUGCGGCGAUUACUAUAACUUGGCUCACUCGAUAUUGAGGAUUAUUUUGAAGACAUGA